AGCUUAUUUCAUUUCCUUUCACAUCCCCCUUUUGGUCAAGAAGAUGUUCUCCGUCCCACGAUGCCGGGUCUACAUUCCUCCCCGGAAUACUUGUCUUUUAAAAGAUACCCAAAAAGGGCCACACACACACACACCCAGCUAUAGACUAUUCUCCCCCUCUGAAUACAGGCAAGAGACUUACCCGUAUGAAUAAGGAUGUGCCUCUUGAGGUGGUAACUGCUCCUAAAGGCUCCAAAGCAGUGUUCACAAAUAAAAUUUUUGGGAAUCUUUACUUGAAAAGAACCAUUUUGUUCCACUACCACCACCUGAGGGCAAUAAUCAGGCAUGUCAUAAGGCUAUCUCUGUGCUUCCCUGCAGAUACCAUUCUAUUCUGGGUCGCCUUCCAGCUGCUGGACCAAGAAACCCUCCUCACUUCCAAACCCUGCUUCCUUCAAACUCUUUUGCUUGGUUUGCUUUUCUCUUGACUCUGACUAAAGAUGUUGUCACCUCCCACAUCCCAUAAUGUUAAAAGACCCUCUUCUGGGUCUUUUAAGAGGUGGGUGGGUAAGCUGUCUGCCUUAUCAAACCCAACAUUAUGAAUAUGACCUGAGGGGGUCUGCCUGCCCCUCUGCCAAAGGAUCUCAUGCUCCCUGGCCCUCACCCCACUUUCCCUCACCAAGGAUGUUCCAGAGAGGGCAGAGAUCAACUACUAAAGUGGCCUUUGCAUGAAAUCAGGGUGCCACACUCACUGGUUGUGAAGGACCAAAAUGUCUAGGGAAAGCUCCAGGUUGAGUCAGAGAGGGGAAAAAAGAGGAGGAUUAUCACAUUACAAACUGUGCCAAUUUGGGGGAUUACCCCAUUACCUGCCUUUUUAACAGUCUUUUUUGAAUGAGAGGCCUCAGCCAAGCUGUCAUCAUCUUUGCGGCUCCGGGACUUAUCACUGUCUUUUCGGUGGCCCUUUGAAUACAAAUCAAAUCUAAAUGUCCAUCCCAAAACACAAGACAGGAGAUCAGAUGCUGCUUUCGGGCACACAAACAAUAAAUAUGAGUAAAACAUCUGCCCCAAAAGUUUAGAGAAAGUACUCAUCCAUUUCCUUUCCACAUCCCCAGGUCUCAAGGAGAGUAGGUAGAGAACAGACUUUCUUUAGUGAUCUAAAAUACCCAUAUUCAUUCAUUACCCAGCUUGACGUCCUUUCCCCACUUCCCAAAAUAGAAGCACAGGAGAAUCAAAGCUGGGCAUCUCCUGACAGUUGGCCCACCCGACCUCUAGGUGCCAUAAUGGACUCAAGCGCUGUACCUGACUUGAGCACCUCAGCACAUCAGGGCUACCUGCCCGCUCGCCAUUCUCAGCCUGCUUGCUGGCAAUCUGGCUCAGCAUCAUCUUCUUGCUGGCUGCAGUGGGAACCAAACUCACACCUGCCAGGCCUUCACAAGCCAGGAGACUUGCCUAAGUUGAAAGGAGAUGAGGUGUUAGGUCACCUGGCAGGGCAGGGCAAAAACAGACUGCUAUCCCUUAUUGAACUACCUUUCACAACUAGCUACCAACUGCUUCUCUCCAAGGGGUGUCCAUUCUCACUUUCAAACCCCGCUUUCUUCAAGAGCCCUCCCUAACUCAUCUCACAAGGAACUAGUUCUUCUGUUGUCCCUCAGCAUUUAAUAAUACUUGAAUAACCAAGUAUUAUGGCUAAGUCUAUUUCACUGGUACUAUGCUAGGUAUGGUGUGAGUGUAUGUAUUACUUUCAAGUUACUUCUAAGCCUUAAAUGUGAGUGGAUAUGAAGGUCCAUCCAUAUGACCCACUGAAAUGGGAGAUUCCUAGGGGACUUUACUACUUCCUCUCCAAACAGCAUUCAGCUUCAAGAGCCCAUUUCUGAUUGGCAGACCUCACCGGUGCCAACCAUAUAUUCUAUCAGAGCCCUUUAUAUUUUAAAUUCCCUAUGUGUUGUCAAUGACAAAGGAUAAACAAAUUAAACUAUUUGAUAUGAUUUUAGAGUUGAAUAUUCAAUUUCUCUUGACCCCCUAUGCCAUUUAUAUAUGUGCAUGCAUGACCACACUUUUUUAUUCUCUGCUCUACACAGAGACUUACAAGACUACUUAAGCAAGGGAUGUUUCAGCAUAUUGUCACUUUUUGGCUGCUACAUUUUUCAAACUGAACUUGUUUAGCCAGCACUAGAGAAUAUACUUUUCUUAAUGAACAAAAACUUUGAAGAAACAGUUAAUCAGCAACUGUUUUAAGGAAGAGUUAAUUCCUUUGGAGGAUCAGUAUAGCUUGGGACCCUUUCCCCCUGGCUUCAGGGGCUUUGGAGUUAAAAAUCUGUCAUUUGCAAACUGUAUAAUCUUGGGCAAAUUAUUCAUCCUCUUUAAGCCUGUUUCCUCAAAUGCAAAAUGCCUAUCAUAAUACCCACCCUUACGAGGCUGAUGAGAAUUAAAUGAAUAUGUAAAAUGCUUAGCAGUGUCCAGCAUGAAGUGAGUACUUACUGAAAGGCAGCCUUCUCAGAACAAGAGUAAACACCGUUUUGUGAAGUGGGUUACAAACAGACAAAGGAAGAAGAAACCAAAGGGCUCCUACUCUGCAUGGAAAGGAGGAAGCUGUGUAUAAAGUGGCAGCUGGAAGAAAGCCAAUUAAACUAUAAUCAGGCUGCCAUCCCAGUGAGACUUACAAGGGAGGUUCCCUGGAAGAAAGCUGGGAGAAGCUUCAGGGAUGCAUGCACAUGUGACUAAAAUAGCCCAUCCGGUUGUCCUGCCUCUCUAAUCCAUCUUCCACCCCCACAAUGACAAUAACCUUCUAAAUACACCAAUGUGACAUCACUGUGCUGCUUAACAUUCUUCAGAGAGUCCCCAUUCCCUAUAGAAUAAAGUCGAAUUCCUCAGCAAGGCACAAAAGGCCCUCAGGCUAGACUUGGCCUACUUCUCCAGGAGAAAUCAACUCCUCUUCCCCAUUACUUUCCCUAACUAUCCCCACUUAAAUUGGCUCCAUAAGUAGCAAAUUACCUGCAGUCUCCCCAACCUCAUUAUAUUCUAUCACGUCUCAAAGCCCCUGCUUACGCAGUUGCCUUUGUCUAAAUGUCCUUCUCUGCUUGUUUAUCUAGUGAAAUCCUAUGCAUUCUUUAAACUGCAUCUUCUUUGGUCACCCAGGCAGCAGUAUCAUUCCCUCCUCUGCAGUGUACACAUUUCUAUUAUUGCACAUUUCUUCAAUCAACAGAAAUUUACUGAGCCCUAAUACUAUCAAGCCACUACAUAAGGUGCUGUGAUUAUAAAAAUGAAUAAUAUACUGUCUUUCCAUCCUGCCCAGACUGAACUAGCCUGGAAGCUUGCUGGGGGCAGGGACAAUGUCUUAUUCAUCUUUGUAUUCCAGCACAAUGCCUUGUGUUUAACAUGAGCUCAAUCAAUUCCUGUUGAAAAAACAAAUGAAGCAUUCACCACUGUUAACUCCCUUGUGCCCCUCACCACUUAAUGUAGCAAGUGUAAACUGAGUACAUGCCACUUUGCAAAUAUCCCAUCAGCGCCUGUGAUGCAGUAUAGCCUACCUCCUUCAUUUGAAUGGAAGCUCCCUGAAGGCAGGGGCUGUGGACUGUCUCCUUUCCUUCCUCUAGAUCUCCCCCUGGUGCUUAAUACAGAGCUUGGCUCACUGGGGUUGGUCAAUAUGUUGUCUAAGGUAGCAUUCAAGAGUGAAACUGCAAACACGCUUCCCAGUGAUCUUGCAGUAGGAGGGUUCUAGAGCUUUUUACCUGAGCCAUGCUGACUUCUCACUUAAUGCAACCCAAAAGUUCUGGAGGUUCUUGAUCCACCUUUCUUUAAGACACUGUUGUUUGAAGCACUGUCACCAAAUCACUGUAACGACUCCUCUUUUGUGCCCCUUCAGUCCUGCUGCCAUAUUGAACUGCCUUUGCCUUCAAAUAGAACUAAGUGUCCUCCAAAGGAAAGACAGAAGUUCCAAGAAGUCCUGGACUCUGCCUGGCUCCAGCCUAUAGUCUGAAGAAAGACAGUCUGCCAGUCUUGGUUUUCCGGUUGAAUUCUUCCGAUGAGAAACCUGAAACCAGAAAGUGAGAUGGGGCAGUUAAGUGCAACAUCCUCAGGCCAUGCAACCUGUGGUCUGUAGUAGAAAUGGUCUCCUGGGCAAGGAAGAGCAGCCAACAGGAGCAAAAGUAACUGGGACUGCCCAUGCAGCAACUCUACCAACAUGGCAAGCACUUCAAUUUGCUGUCUUAGGACUGGAAAAAGGGGGCGGAGGUACUUUGGGGUUUUUGUGGUCAGUGGGCCGGCCUGAGAAGCUCUCACUCCACAGAGACGCGGCCAGAGUUGCGGAGGAGGAAAGCUUGGAGGCCAUCGCUGGGCGCUUGGGGAGCCAGCAGAACCCAGACUGGCAGUGUAUGUCCGGUCCAGCGCACAGCGCGCGUUCUCCGGGUCCGCCCGAAGGUACGGAAACUCUCUGCAAAGGUGGAAAGCAAGGAAACGAAGCCCACGGCCGCGCUUUCCCUCCUUCCAGCCGUGAGGCGCUCUGCCCACCGCACAAACCCGGAGCAGAGCAGGAGAGCGCCGAGGAGCGCGCGAGGCACCGCUGCCUCCCCCACCCCGCAGCGCCUCCUCCAGGCCCCAGCACACCGUGGCAAUCCCGCGGCCGCCGCUGCCCUCGCCUGGACCGAGAUUUUAUCCUCAUGGCUGAAUCUAAACCACUCCUCUCCCUUGAUGGGGACUCCAUUGCUGCGGAAGCCCUUCUUCAGGACGUCUUUGAGAUUGUUGUGGAUGAGGUCAUUCGGAAAGGCACCAGUGCUUCUGAGAAGGUCUGUGAGUGGAAGGAGCCAGAGGAGCUAAAGCAGCUGCUGGAUUUGGAGCUGCGGAGCCAAGGGGAGUCGCAGGAGCAGAUCUUGGAACGGUGCCAGGCUGUGAUUCGAUACAGCGUGAAGACCUGUCACCCUCGGUUCUUCAACCAGCUCUUCUCAGGGUUGGAUCCCCAUUCUCUGGCCGGGCGGAUUAUCACCGAGAGUCUCAACACCAGCCAGUAUACCUAUGAAAUCGCCCCUGUGUUUGUACUUAUGGAAGAGGAGGUGCUGAAGACACUCCGGGCCCUGGUGGGCUGGAGCUCUGGGGAUGGGGUCUUCUGCCCUGGUGGCUCCAUCUCCAACAUGUAUGCCCUGAACCUGGCCCGCUAUCAGCGUUACCCGGAUUGCAAGCAAAGGGGCCUCCGUACACUGCCGCCUCUGGCCCUCUUUGCAUCGCAAGAGUGUCACUACUCCAUCAAGAAGGGGGCUGCUUUUCUGGGACUUGGCACUGACAGUGUCCGAGUGGUCAAGGCAGAUGAGAGAGGAAAAAUGAUUCCUGAGGAUCUGGAGAGGCAGAUCAGUCUUGCUGAGGCUGAGGGUGCUGUGCCGUUCCUGGUCAGUGCCACUUCUGGCACCACGGUGCUGGGGGCCUUUGACCCUCUGGAGGCAAUUGCCGAUAUAUGCCAGCAUCAUGGGCUGUGGCUGCAUGUGGAUGCUGCCUGGGGUGGGAGUGUCCUGCUGUCACAGACUCACAGGCAUCUCUUAGAUGGGAUCCAGAGGGCUGACUCCGUGGCCUGGAAUCCCCACAAGCUCCUUACAGCAGGCCUGCAGUGCUCAGCUCUUCUUCUCCGGGAUACCUCGAACCUGCUCAAGCGCUGUCAUGGGUCCCAGGCCAGCUACCUUUUCCAGCAGGACAAGUUCUACGAUGUAGCUCUGGACACAGGAGACAAGGUGGUGCAGUGUGGCCGCCGUGUUGACUGUCUAAAGCUGUGGCUCAUGUGGAAGGCGCAGGGUGGGCAAGGGCUGGAGCAGCGUGUCGACCGGGCCUUUGCCCUUGCCCGGUACUUGGUGGAGGAAAUGAAGAAGCGGGAAGGAUUUGAGUUGGUCAUGGAGCCUGAGUUUGUCAACGUGUGUUUCUGGUUCGUGCCCCCCACCCUUCAAGGGAAGCAGGACAGCCCGGAUUACAGCGAAAGGCUGGCUAAGACCAGCAGGAAGAUGUGAAACAGGAAGCCCCAUUGGGGAAGAUCUUGAACUCGGCUCCGGAAACCCAUGGAAAUCUCAAGUGGCUCAGGUAAAUUCAGGUAAUUCCUCAGUUUACAUGUCAGUAUCCUGGAUCUCAUACUGGACCUCCUGACCUUACCCGUUUCCUCCUCUUUGUCUCCUCUGUGACGGCCCUUGCUCUGAUGCUCCAUCCAACCAGAAAACCUUCUCCUCACCCCCCAAGAUAUCCUCUACUGCCUCCUGAUGUUGCCUCCCUCCCUGCUCCCAACCCCUCCCCACCAAACUCUCAUGCCCAGCAGCUUUCUCUUCUGUCCUGGGUGUGUGGCCUCUCCCAUCAGUCUGGAAUCUCCAGGAGCAGGGCCCAGGCCUCCUCCCUGUGGAUGACCCCUCUCCAGUGCCACACAAAGGCCAUGCUCACCUCCAAUGACAAGGAAGAGCAUCAGCAUGACGGGGUAGAAGAACCCCAGGACGAAGCAGAAGAUGUACUCAUGAACCAACGCAGAAACCAGAAACACGCCCAACAUGGCUGCCCCUCUGGCCCGGCCACCAAGGAGCUGGCAGGGGCAAGAGGAGGAGGAGGGAGUGAGUCUCUCUCUGAGACCACUUCUUAAGGAAACCAUUGGGCCUCAGAUAUAAUUUUUAAAUGGAGAUAUAAUAAUACUUCUCAUGGAUACUGCUCAGAUUGAACGUAUGUGAAAACCCUUGGUAACUGAAAUUGCUAUAUGCAUGUUUCUUCGAAGUUAAGGAAGGGAGAAAUGCCCUGUGGAGUGGGCGGAAUUAAGGAUAAGAAAGGAAGGAAGUUAGAUCAUAAGGAGGGCUGUCCUCUCGUUGGGUUGGGUUGAAUGGGGGCAGAUGGAAGUCAAGGGGGCCCUGAGGUCAUAAAACGGUGGGUGUUAUAGAAGGCGGGACGGUGAGGAGGUCCUGGACCAUUAAUGGUGGGAGCUGAGGGGGACUGCAGAGCUCAUACCCAUAGCCCAUCCUGAUACACAUAGCUGUACAGCCAAUCGUGGACCACCACAUUCCACGUGCGGUAGUAGUUGGAGAAGGAUGUUGAGUUCCACCAGUCCUGGGAAGGAGUGAGAGUGGGCUAGAUCAGGGUCUUGUCUGCUCCUAGGCAAGCCCACCUUCCCAUCCGUGCUCCCUCUGCCUGCAUCCUCUUCCCAUGUUCUGCCAGAAAGGCUGGCUUCUAGCAGAACAGGGACAGCAGGCGCUCUCCCAGCUCCCUCCUCAAGACCGGGGGACCCUGCCCUCCUCCCUCCUACCCCUCGCAGCAGAAGAUGCCAUAGGACCAUCCACACAAAAGCACUUAACCCCGACUGGUCGGGAGAUGGAGGGGUGGCAUUCUAACCACACGCAGAGGAGGGUGUUUCUCACUGCGAGAGACUGACACCCAAAAUAGCCACCAUCCACCCCAGAUCCCUGCACAGCCCUCCCUGCCUCCAGCUGGCCUAGGCCCAGGCCCACCCGGUAGAACAUCCUGUCUCCAAAUCGCAGCAUCUCCGCAAAAGCGUUGAGCCAGCAGUGGAGGAAGGCGAAGAAGAUUAGCAGGAGCAUGAAGAUGCCUGGAUAUGAGGACGAGGGGCUACAGGUCACACCAGGCCCCCUGGGUCCCCCCAAGCAGCCCCGAUCUGAGCUCUGAAGCGCCCCCACUAUGGGCACCGGGAGCAACUAGGGCCUCAACCCCUUUCAAUCACUUAUUAUUCAUUCAUUAAUUCAGGCAUUCAUUCAUGCAUCCAUUUGCUCAUGAACAUUUACUUGGCAUCUAUUCCAUGCCAGGUGUGGGGAGUACAUAGAUGAAUCUCAAAGCUUCUGUCCAUUGGGAGUUCACAGAAUGGUGGUGGGGCAUGGGGAGAGG